AUGCUUCUGCUCGGCAGCGCUCGCGGCCAUGUGGUCAUGAACACUCCGACUCCUUACAAUCUAGAUCUUCAAGCGAUCGCGGGUAGUGACUCUCACCCGUUUCCGUGCCAUAACCAGUACGACUUUACCGAGCGUACCAUGCUUGAAGCUGGCAGUGCUGCUCUAAUUAACUUUACCAGUGGCGCUCAGCAUGGUGGCGGCUCGUGCCAGUUCAGCAUCACCUAUGACGAGCCUGUCGACGGUGGUGACUGGGACAAGUCGGCCAAGUUCAAAACUAUCUACACCAUCAUCGGCGGCUGUCCGGCCGUGUCUACCGAUGAGACUCACAAUCUCGUUUCCGCUGGUGCUGUUAUGAUUCCCGUUCCCAAGUUUCUCAAGAACGGCCCCGCUACUUUCGCCUGGACCUGGUUCAACUUGAUCGGCAACAAGCAGAUGCAUAUGAACUGCGCUCCCGUCAACAUCACUGGCGGUACUGACAACACUGCCGAGAUUGAGAACUUGCCCGACAUCUUUGUGGCCAACUACCCCAACGACCCCGAGGUCCCCAACUGCGUUACCGGCACUCAUGCCGACAAUGUUGUUGUCAACAUCCCUAACCCGGGCAAAUACGGUCGCAUUAUCCAGGCUCCCAGUGAGCCGGCCAACAAGCCUUCGGACUACUGCUUUCAGAUCCCGCCUGCCCAAUCUCUUCCCGUGUUCGAG